CAUUGGCCGAGGGAGGCUGCGACUCUCUGGGAGAGUUUCCUCCUGUAGAGUUCCGGCUUGCUUUGCUCCCGCCGCGAGGUGCGUGGCCCGGAAGUGACGCACGGUCCUGGCCGGCGGGGCCGCCCAGCCCCCGCUUCCUUUCACGCUCUCGGUGGCCGUAGGUGGUCGCGGCCACCGCAGCCGGGCGGGAGGUUGCGACGGCCAGUAAUGCCCGGGAAACUCCUCUGGGGAGACAUAAUGGAGCUCGAGGCACCCUUGGAAGAGUCCGAGAGCCAGAGGAAGGAGCGGCAAAAGAGCUUUAUGGAUUUCGGAAUUUCGGAUAAGGGAUUAUGGACCUGUACUUCCCUGAUAGGGUUGUUAUGAAGAUUAAAACAAGAUAAGACGAAAACAUUACACAAUAAUGGAGUGAUAGAAGGAAGUCAAGGCACCAUUCUGAAUCAGAGGAGAGAACAGAAACAAGAGAAAAUGGUGUUACAGAUGACCUGGAUGCUCCCAAGCCCAAAAAAGCUAAAAUGAGAGAAAAGCUAAAUGGAGACACCAAAGAAGGACUUAGAUUUUCAGAUGAAUUCUCCCCAUCUCAUAAGUCAAGAAGAAAAGACCUGCCAAAUGGAGAUGUGGAUGAGUAUGAGAAAAGGUCAAAGCGAGUGUCAUCCUCAGAAAACUCUCACAAGUCAAGCGAUAAAGCAGAGGAGACUCUAACACGUGAACAAAAGGAAGGAGCCUUCUCUAAUUUCUCCAUUUCUGAGGAGACCAUAAAGCUUCUGAAAGGUCGAGGGGUAACAUAUCUCUUUCCUAUUCAAGUUAAAACCUUUGGUCCUGUAUAUGAAGGAAAAGAUUUAAUUGCUCAAGCCCGGACAGGAACAGGAAAGACAUUCUCUUUUGCCAUACCCUUGAUUGAAAGGCUCCAAAGAAAUCAAGAAACAAUUAAAAAAAGCCGCUCACCAAAGGUAACGGUUAUUAAGGGAGUAAAAGCUCUUAACAUUAAUGGAAAGGGAUAGGAACAAUAGUAGUCUUUGGGUUUGGUUUUUUUUGUUUGUUUGUUUUUGUUUUUUGUUUUUUUUCUUGGUGCUGGGAUCAAACCCAGGGCCUUGUGCAUGCUAAGCUCAUGCUCUCCCACUGAGCUGGACCCUGGACCCUGAAAGAAUAACACUAGACUCAAAGUCAGGUAUAUCCCGCCCCUUAUGGAGUCAGUGCCCCUUUUUCAUAAAGUUAAAUUUUGAUUCCUAAAGUAAGAGAUUGUUUUUCAGAUAGGGAAAUUUUAAUCAAUCAAAGUCAAAGAUUAGAUAAUGAGCACAAAUUUAAUAUCUCUGGAUGUUUAGAUGUUUUCCAUAACUUUGUAUUAUAAAGUCAGUUUACCUUAUAGGUAUAUUUAGUAUACUUAGUGACUUUUCUCUUCAUCCUUGACCUUUCCUUUUAAAUAAUGAAUUUUCUAAUAAGGUAUUCCCCUUGCAAUUCAGUAAAUAUUUAGUAUUAUUUCACGGGUUGACUUUUUAUGAAGAUUAUUAUAUCAGUGAUAUACUGUUAUUUGGUACUAGAAAUAUGUCUUAACUUACAAAUAGUAAAAAUCAACUAUUAGUUGAGGGAAUUAGUAAAAUUCUAGUCUAAAAUUUGACAUUUUUAGAACCUGUGUGCACUUUUAAGGUUUGUAACAGUGAAGAAGAAAAGUCAUCAUAUUGAUUGGAACAGGUACUCGUUUUGGCUCCAACAAGGGAAUUGGCAAAUCAAGUAGCCAAAGAUUUCAAAGAUAUAACUAGAAAACUCAGUGUGGCGUGUUUUUAUGGUGGAACAUCAUAUCAAAGCCAGAUUAAUCAAAUUCGGAAUGGUAUUGACAUCCUUGUUGGGACCCCAGGGCGUAUCAAAGACCAUCUGCAAAGUGGCCGUUUGGAUCUUUCAAAGCUACGCCAUGUUGUGCUUGAUGAAGUAGAUCAAAUGUUAGAUUUAGGUUUUGCUGAACAAGUCGAAGAUAUUAUUCAUGAAUCUUACAAAACUGAUUCGGAAGACAAUCCUCAGACCUUACUUUUUUCUGCAACUUGCCCACAGUGGGUAUACAAAGUUGCAAAAAAAUACAUGAAAUCCAGAUACGAACAGGUUGACCUUGUUGGAAAAAUGACUCAAAAAGCUGCAACCACUGUGGAACAUUUGGCUAUCCAGUGCCAUUGGUCUCAGAGACCAGCAGUUAUUGGAGAUGUCCUUCAGGUCUACAGUGGGUCUGAAGGGAGAGCUAUUAUCUUCUGUGAAACUAAGAAGAAUGUUACUGAAAUGGCCAUGAAUCCACACAUAAAGCAGAAUGCUCAGUGUUUGCAUGGAGACAUUGCACAGUCACAAAGAGAAAUUACCUUGAAAGGCUUCAGAGAAGGUAGUUUUAAAGUUUUGGUAGCAACCAAUGUGGCUGCUCGUGGCUUGGACAUUCCUGAGGUUGACCUAGUGAUUCAGAGUUCUCCUCCACAGGAUGUUGAAUCCUAUAUCCAUCGCUCUGGACGCACAGGUAGAGCUGGCCGGACAGGAAUUUGUGUAUGUUUUUAUCAACCAAGGGAAAGAGGUCAACUGAGAUAUGUGGAGCAGAAAGCUGGAAUUACUUUUAAACGUGUAGGUGUUCCGUCUACAAUGGAUUUAGUUAAAUCUAAAAGCAUGGAUGCCAUCAGGUCUCUGGCUUCUGUUUCUUAUGCUGCUGUUGAUUUUUUCCGACCAUCAGCUCAAAGACUGAUAGAAGAGAAGGGGGCAGUGGAUGCAUUGGCUGCAGCAUUAGCUCACAUUUCUGGUGCAUCAAGCUUUGAACCACGAUCUUUGAUAACUUCUGAUAAGGGGUUUGUGACCAUGACUCUGGAGAGCCCAGAAGAAAUACAGGAUGUCAGCUGCGCUUGGAAGGAACUUAACAGAAAGCUCAGUAGUAAUGCUGUGUCUCACGUAACCAGAAUGUGCCUCCUGAAAGGAAAUAUGGGUGUUUGCUUUGAUGUUCCUACAAGUGAGUCAGAAAGAUUACAGGCAGAGUGGCAUGAUUCAGACUGGAUACUCUCAGUGCCAGCCAAAUUACCUGAAAUUGAAGAAUAUUAUGAUGGAAACACAUCAUCUAAUCCCAGACAGAGGAGCGGCUGGUCUGGCGGCAGGUCAGGCCGUUCAGGACGGUCUGGUGGUCGAUCUGGUGGCCGAUCAGGUAGACAGAGUCGACAGGGAAGUCGGUCAGGAAGUCGGCAAGAUGGUAGAAGACGAAGUGGGAACAGAAAUCGAUCAAGAAGUGGGGGCCAUAAACGGAAUUUUGACUGAGUGUUUGAUAGUUAAUCUUCCAGUGUGAGCUUGCCUAUUUCUGUCUAAUCAUGUAUAUUAUUCACCAAAAAUUAGAUCAUCAUAGUUGAGGUAUUUGUCUGUAAUUUGCAAAGAAGUUGGUCGUAUUUUUUUAAAAAGUAUUUCACAAGAAUGGUUCUAAACAAAUCUACUUAUCUGGCUAUACCUUUGAAUUAAAAAAAAGCCCUUUUAUUGUCUGUUUUUA